AUGGACAAGAUCACGGACAAGAUCGCGGGCCUCAGCCCCAAUGCCUCCUACUUCUCGCUCGAAUUCUUCCCGCCCAAGACGGCGAUGGGCUUUGCAAACCUGCGGGGCCGCCUAGACCGCAUGGCUCGCGCCCUGCAUCCACUCUUCGUCAACGUCACCUGGGGCGCGGGCGGAUCGACAGUGCAGAAGUCGCUCGAGCUGGCCGAGAUCUGCCAGCGCGAACUGGGACUGACCACCUGUCUCCAUCUGACGUGUACCAACAUGAGCUGCGACCUGAUCGACAAGGCGCUGGAAGAUGCCAAGGCGCUGGGGAUCCGGAACAUUCUGGCUCUGCGGGGAGACCCGCCACGGCCAACAGAAUACGCCGACAGCGGCAAGACGUCCGCAGCCGGGGAGAUGGCCGACGAGACCGGCUUCUCCCACGCCGUCGAUCUGGUGCGCUACAUUCGUAAGCAGCACGGCGACUACUUCUGCAUCGGCGUGGCCGCCUACCCCGAAGGCCAUGCCGAGGAGAACCAUCCGCUUGGCCAGAGCCUGGAACACGACCUGCCCUUUCUCGUCGAGAAAGUUCACGCCGGCGCCGACUUCCUCAUGACACAGCUCUUCUUCGACAUCGAGGCCUACGAGCACUUUGAGACCACGCUGCACCAGCAUCCCAGCGGCGUGUUCGCCGAUAUCCCCAUUAUCCCCGGCCUCAUGCCCAUCCAGAACUACCAGAUGAUCAAGCGGACCACCAAACUCAGCCACGCCCGCUUCCCCGACGGCCUGAUGGCCCGGCUCGAAGACGUCAAGAAGGAUGACGAGAAGGUGAAGAGCGUGGGCGUCGACAUCCUGAGCGAGCUGGUCGAGCAGGUCAAGACCAUCAAGCACAAGACACAACCGGGGCGGCCCACUGGCCUUCACUUUUACACGCUCAAUCUCGAAAAGGCCGUGGCCUUCAUCCUCGAGCGGACCAACCUGAUCCCAUCGACAAGACCGGCUACAGCACUCGAGGAGGUCGAGGUGGCCGUUGUGGACGACGCCUUGGCCGUGCCGUCCAUCCGCGUUCACGGGGCCAUCACCAUGCCGGCAGUGCAUUCUUUCGAGCGGCGCCACUCAUCGAUCGGGUCCGAUCCACGGAAUCGCGUGAUCGUGCCUGGUCCCUCCGCUUCGCACCCGGACUACGAGACCACUGCACUCGAGGCAAGCGUGCCGGCCGAGCCGGUCAACACCCGGGCUAACACGCUGGCCAUAUCCGAAGGUGAGGGCGUGCUCGGCCGCGAGGCCACCUGGGACGACUUCCCCAACGGCCGCUGGGGUGAUGCUCGCUCGCCAGCCUACGGCGAGAUCGACGGCUACGGUGUGAGUCUGCACAUGUCGGUAGGCCAGGCCAUGAAGCUAUGGGGCCGGCCAUCGACGGCGGAUGAUGUCAGCCAGAUCUUCAUCCGCCAUCUGCGAGGCGAGCUCUCGGCGAUUCCGUGGAGCGAGGAAGAAUUCAACCCGGAGACCGAGACGAUCCGCGACCGGCUAGUGAGUCUCAACAAGAAGGGCUGGUGGACGGUCGCGUCGCAACCGGCAGUGAACGGCCUGGAAUCGACAGAUGCCACGUUUGGCUGGGGCCCUCCGAACGGCUUUGUCUUCCAGAAAACGUUUGUGGAGUUCUUCCUGCCUUCGGCAGACUGGGCAAAGCUGCGGAGCCGGCUCCAAGAGCCGGCCGUACGCGACAACAUCUGCUUCUACGCAGCCACGGCGGCAGGAGAGCUUGAGUCAUCGGAUGCCGACAGCACGCAAAAUGCAGGCGACGGCUCGGGCGCGGUCGGGGAGGCCAGCACCCACGCCGUCACCUGGGGUGUGUUCCCGGGCAAGGAGAUCGUCACGCCGACGAUCAUCGAGGAGGUCAGCUUCCGCGCGUGGAGCGAAGAGGCGUUUGGCAUCUGGAAGGAAUGGGCCGGGGUCUAUCCCAAGGGUUCUGACUCGGCAAAGCUGCUGGAGAGCAUCAGAGACGACUACAGGCUCGUCAACAUAAUCCACCACAACUACAUCGACCGGGACGCCUUGUGGAAGCUGCUUUUUGACUGA